GCCCGGAACCCGAAACACCCACGACCAGGAACGCCCCCGCGGAGGAGCAUCCUUAGACUGGGAGCGGCGCGGGCCGCGGCACCCCCAGACCGGAAGCACUGCGGACCCAUAGCGUCUCCGCGGAGGAGCGGGAGUGGGAGGACCCGGACCGAGAGCAAACCCAGUCAAGGAGCAUCCCAGACCCAGGACACAGCCCAGGCCGCGGGGCCGGAAGCAGCGCCGCACCCGCGGCCUCGGCCAGCCGAGUUUUGCCAGACGCUUUUUCUUGCUUCAGACUUUCUGUUCUUUUUCAACUUUCUCUGGUUGCCUUAUCUCUUGCGUUACGCUUGCGGCUCCUCUCCUUUCUGGUUUCACGGUGGUAGGAAGGCAGCUUUUGCUCUUUCUCGACUGCCUCGCCGUCGGGUGUCCAGGGGAACAGCCGCCCCCUCCCCAGCCUCCGGACGCCUUCUGAAGAGAAACCAUCUGAAGCAGAAUCAUAAACAUGCAUCGUAGAGAAAUACCCCUGACACUUUUGGUGCUUAUGUUUAUAAGAACCUCAGAAGAAACUUGUACCUCGCGCCUUCACAUUACUGCAGUUGAAGGGGAACCUUUCUAUCUGAAGUAUUGUUCAUCUUCAUCUGAGCAUGAGAAUAAAACAACCACCAUAAAAUGGUACAAAAAUGAAUCGCAUGGACCCCUUGAGCUGAGCUCGAGUAGUUCACCCAGAAUUAUUUUGCUCGAUUAUGUUUUGGAGUUUUGGCCAGUUCAUUUGAAUGACAGUGGAUCUUACUCUAUCCGAAUGGGAAAUGAUACUCAUGACUGGAAAUUAAAUGUCAUCAGAAGACCUAAACACAGCUGUUUUACUGAGAAACAAGUAAUGAGUAAAUCUGUGGAAGUUAAAAAAUCUUUGCAGAUAGCCUGUGAACAUAGUUACUAUCAAAAACUGGUCAACAGAACGUUAUUGUAUAAGAACUGUGAAAAGAUAGAGAACAAUCAAAACCCAUUUUUAAAGAAGAAUGCAGAGUUUAAAGAUCAGGGAUAUUAUACCUGCAUGUUUUUCCUUCUUCGUAAUGGCAAACUAUUUAACGUCACCAAAACCUUCAAUAUAACAAUAGUUGGAGCCAUCCACUUAUAUAGCUGUACUCCACACAUUGCGAAUGGACAAAGUACCACAAACUUCCUGUCUUCAAGCUGCACAAAUGUGUUAGCUUACAGUGCUGGAGACAACAGUAAUAUAAUUCCAGCUCUUCUUGGACCAAAGCUUACGCAUGUUAAAGUGGAAUUAGGAAAAGAUGUACAGCUCAACUGCUCUGCCUUGCUGAAUGAAAAGGAUGUGAUUUACUGGAACAUCUGGAAAAAAAAUGGGAAGGAUCCUAAUGUACACGAAGAGGAAGGGACAAGAAUUAGGACUUCAGAAGGCAAAUGGCUUGCUUCAAAAAUACUGAGAAUUGAGACUGUUAAUGAAAACAAUCUGAACUUUUCAUAUAAUUGCACUGCAGCCAGCGAGGGAGGCAUAGACACCAAAAGCUUCAUCUUAUUGAAAAAAGAAGACCCAGUUGACAUCCCCGGCCACAUCUUCACUAGAGGAAUGAUCGUAGCUGCUUUGAUCUCAGUGGUCAUUGUGUGCCUAGUGACCGUGUGUGCCAUUUAUAGAGUUGACUUGGUUCUAUUUUAUAGACAUUUCUUGGGAAGAGAUGAAACCUUAACAGAUGGGAAAACGUACGAUGCUUUUGUGUCUUACCUAAAAGAAUGUCGGCCCGAGAACGGAGAGGAGCACACCUUUGCUGUGGAGAUUUUGCCCAGGGUGUUGGAGAAGCAUUUUGGGUAUAAGUUAUGCAUAUUUGAACGGGAUGUGGUGCCUGGAAGAGCUGUUGUUGAUGAAGUCCAUUCAUUGAUAGAGAAAAGCCGAAGACUGAUAAUUGUCCUGAGUAAAAGUUAUAUGUCUAAUGAAGUCAGGUAUGAACUUGAAAGUGGACUCCAUGAAGCACUAGUGGAAAGGAAAAUUAAAAUCAUCUUAAUUGAAUUUACACCAGUCGGUGACUUCACCUUCUUGCCUCAAUCACUGAAGCUUUUGAAAUCCCACAGAGUUCUGAAGUGGCAGGCUGAUAAGUCUCUGUCUUAUAACUCAAGGUUCUGGAAGAAUCUUCUUUAUCUGAUGCCCGCAAAAGCAGUCAAACCAUAUAGAGAAGAAGCAGAAGUCUUGCCUGUUUUUUCGCAGCCCUGAUCUUCAGAAAAGCUGAGCAGAAGAAAGAACUCUUGACACUCUGGGGACUGAGUGUAUGAGCCUGUUGAUAAUGAAGGGCAUUAUUCAAAUAUUUAACUCUACUCUGUGAAUGUCCUAGUCACAGUCUGAAGAUGAAACUUGUCAUUAGGUUGCCGGGGUAAGACUAAACAUUGAGCUAUAGUCGUGGGCUCUCAGAAGACCCUGGAAUUCAACAGAAAUGGGUCUCCUGUUUCUCCCUCUUCCAUAACUGGAUGCAGGCACUCUGCUCAAUCCCAUUCAGCAACUGUGAGACUGCACACGGUGCAGAAUAACUUAGGCCGUAAAAUAAGGGCACGUCUUUAAGAGAUUUUUAAUGCUAACAAUUGAACUGAAGGAUUUUAAGUUCACAAAGUCGCAUUUCUCUAUGAGCCAGUAGGU